AAGCAGUCAUGUAUUUUCAUCCAGCUUGGGUGUCUCUCACACAAAGACUGGCUUUGGCGGGACAGCUAAUGGGUGUGUACCAUUUCCUAGCAACAUCGUUUUCAGCACCACGCUCUAUCACAUUGCAAGGUGGAAAGUUUGUGUUGAAGAAAUUUGGGCAAUAUGUGCUGGCAGUGGGGACUGAUAGAAACAUACAUGAUUGGAUACUUGAGAGACGUGCCAACACUCUGGAAUCAUUGUUGAAAUUUUUUCACUGCGAUCUCGUAAAGAUACUAGAAUCCCUCAAUAAUGAUCGCAACAGAUUCACUGAAAAGUUGUAUCAAAUGUUUGAGACAUAUCUGCCAAUUCUUCAACACAGUGCCAAUUUAUUUUCCAGCAUUCCUGUAAUUAAACUUCCAAAGAGUGCUAGCAACAUAUUUCUGGAAGGGAUGCAAAUGUUGCAACAUUAUCAAGAGAUAAACGGCGUUUUGGGAGGAGCAUUAUUCUAUAAUAACAAGAUAGUCUCAACACAACUAGGAGCAGACUUAACAAAACAAAUUGUCAUAACUGAUCCUUAUAGGAUAAAGGCUCCUGCGGAAAGGAUAUCUACAGAAUUUCAUUUGCCGAUCGGUGUUCAAUUGUUACAAGUGUACAUAGAGCGAAAGCAGUUUGCGAAACUAAUGCAAGAGGCGAAUAACGAGCGAUAUUAUAAUUCAUGUUUGGACACCAUGACUAAGAAGAUAUUGCAUAGAAAGAACGUGUCUAAGAGCGGCCUCAAGGAACCGCUCAUCAUGUCCGCCAUGAAGCGGGAUACUUCGCGAAUAUUCACCGUCCCCGAGGAAGGCGAGCUAGAUCCCGCGAAUUAUCCGCCGGCGCUGCAAUACGUGUCAUCGGUACCGCUUGCGAUCAAUCAUGAAUCGCCGAUCAGACGCAAGCAAGAGAUCAAACCAGAGCGUCCCAAGAUUAGCGGUACCGUUGUCAAUCCGCUCACGCCCAGCGUCUGCGCGACGCCGUUAAAGGAUGUAGAUCGAGUGUUGCACGGAAAUGCCAUGCUCAUCUGCUCAUCCGAGAGCGGCGGCGAGACUGACGAACAUCGAAGCUCGUCGAAAAGCAACGACGACGAUGAUAUUCCUGAUGUCGUCAAAGAAGCGCUCAGAUGCAAACGUCUGAAUAAACUGAAAAACGCUACCUCGAAGAAAAAACUGAUGAAGAGAAAGGAUCCCGACCGGAAGAGUAUAAGUUUGCCGGACCUGACAUCAUCAGUUAAACCGCGCUUGAAUAGUAUUCCUAGAACUUAUCGACCGGAGCUGGACAAAAUAUUGUGCAAAUUCAACGAAGCUUCACCGGAUGACUGCGAUCCGAAUUCACCCCGGCGGAAGCUCACCGGAAACGAUAAGCGAUACUCGCGCACCAUAACUGAUCCCUGUUAUCCCGUCUUUCGAUGCGACGGUCUCCCGGUAUCGCAAUCAUUGUACGAGCAAUACAUCGCUUCGCACUGCGAGGAACUGCGCGAUGACGGUGGAGACAAUGGUAUUCACGGGCGUUGCAAUGACAAUGACAAUCUGCAAUCGAGGAAUCUAUCGAGCAACUUGAUGAGCGCAAAAUUGUCGAUAAAUAGCAGCUCGAGCUCGAUCACAAGAGAUGCUGGCGAAGAACGCAAACCUGGCUAUGACAAAAGCAAACAGGAGACAUACAAGAGAUCGAUGAGUCUACCGCUGAAGCCGCUCAACGUUGUCGCCGAGGUGCAAAACGGCGACGAUCGGCGAAAAUCGACGUCAGAAUGUGGCGGCAACUCGUAUGAUUUCCCGCAGAGGCGGAAGCUGGACGGUCUACAAUUAACACCGCUGAUGUCGAAGCUGAGCUUGUUGGCAGACGAACGAACCAGCGGCUUUUGCAGUCGCGAUACCACGCCAAGCGAAUUUCGCGAUCUUUCCGGAUUUUCUGGCGGUGCAGCCACAACUAUCACCACAACAACGACAAUGAAUCAUUUGAUGAGACAGAAACUGGAAUCGGUCGAAAAGGAGGCCAGCGAGGGCGAAGAUGAGCUGGACGAGGACUGGGUCAACAAGGACGAUCCUGCCGUCUGCCUCGAGAAGACCGAACUUUUCCUAUGUGGCUAUCAAAAUAUGGUGUUGGUGCUAUUAAUGGAAAAUGGUACUGCGAACAAUCCGGAUUUAAUACAUGCUUUGUGGCAUACCUGCGUGAGCACAUUGGGUAAGCUCGAAUUGCGGUUGCAGCAGUGUCUGGAACCAUUGCCAUCAACAGAAAACAAGGAACUGUACAGUAUUCUAAAUGUAAACCCACAAUGGGACACGGUGCAACGUUCCGGACUCUGGGGCGUUACCGAGUUGGACAUCGUGUCUUGUCUCCAUGACAGAUUUAUGCAAGCGAGUAAUUUGACGGACAUCAUCGUCAGAACGGAGGAUAUGGUGGUUUACGGUAAUCAGUGUGGAGGAAUGGAAGUGUUUUACCAGCAAGCGGUAGCGCCGAGCGCUUUUGCGGUUCUUCCGACCCCGGCGGAUUUGAUGGGAAUCGUGGCACUCAAGGCAAGACGCCGAUUAGAAAGAGAUCACGGGAUCGUGCUACUGUAAAUCCAAGAACGUAUAUCGCUUCCCCUUUUUAGGAAAAGUGAGAAAAGUAAUACACAUACACACACACACUCGCAUUUACAAUUUCGCUUAUUUGUCCUCUGCACAGAAAACGAUGAGUUCAAAUCCAGUUCGUAUUCUGUACAAAGCAAAAAGAAUCGAAGACAUUCCGUCAGUCAAAUCAAGGUGAGAUAAUAUUUCAACAGGAUAUGCUGAACAUUUUUCUACUAAUAUUUUUGUAUAAUCUGUGAUUUUCCAACGUAUCAAAUAUGUAAUUCCAAGAAAAUUGGCUAUGAGAGGAAGAGAAUAAUCGAAGAAGUUUUUUUAUAUCGCUGCAAUGUACUUAUAGUAUUCCUGUCAUGUACUGCACGAGUCGAGAAAUUUUCUACGAUAGUAAUAAUUGUCGACCAUCCAAUUUGUAUUUUACCAUUUCAUUAAUUGUGCAGAUAUAGCGAAUGUUAUUUGUAUUAUAUAUGUUAUUGUAUAUAAGAUGUCUUCUAUAUAAGAUGAAUCAACGGGCAGUAUAGAUGCACAGCGUUAUCGCUGUUAAAACUGGAAGGCAAUUUUUAAUACUUUUUUUUAUUAACGAAUAUGCAUUCUGAGAGAUUUUAAUAGCUAUAUAAAUCAUUAAAAAACAAAAGUUUCUCAGAAUCAGAGAAUUAGAGUAAAAAGCUUUAGAAAUAAAGAUAAAUAAUAUUAUAUUAUCAUAUGAUUCAAUUCCAAGUUUUACUUCGCAAGAAAUAACGCUUUAUAUAUAUAUAUAUAUCUUCAUUGUCCAUCAAUUCUCGAACAUCUUAUAUAUAAUUGAUUCAUUGUACAUAUCUGUAUGCAUAAUAAGCCAUUAAGUUAUUUGCACUUUAAUCGAUAAGUGUCCAGUUUUGCUAGAGCGCAAAUAGAGUUGAAAAUAUAUCUGCGAGAGGAGAAAGACGGAGGUCAGUAUUCAGUUAACACGCUGCGUCCAGUAUUUAUAGUCGUCCGAACUGCUUCUGUAGAUAGAAAAAAAAAAAAACAAUAGUAAUAUUUAUAAAACUCGUCAGAAUCGUCUGAAUUGGCAAUGUCAAUUUUAAAUUGUAAUGUAAGAAUAUUUUAUGCAUUUUUUUUUUUUCCGCGAUGUUAUCGGCGUCUCGAUGCUAAAUCCGUUUUCGUCUCGCGAUAUUUGGAUAAAAAUUCAUGAUCUCGCGCAAUAAUCAUCCGCGAAACGAGUUUUUAACAACAAUGAUAUGCGAAUAAUGCGCUAUGUCCAAAUUUUUAUAUUGCGGUUUAAACAUUAUGUUAAUAUAUUGCAUUUUUAGCGAGCAAAGUUGCAAAUCGCAUGCGUCACCGCAUGCAUUCCACGGUGAUCUUAUCUUUAUAUUUGAUAGUUUUCCUUGUCUUUUAUUUGAGAGAGGAAAACUAUAAUAAAGCGAUUCAUCGUUU